AUGAUUUUCAAGCGGCUGGUUGGCCUUCUGGCCCUCUCCGCCGGCCUCACGACGGCCGUGGAGCUCGAGGACUAUGAGUAUGUCAUUGUGGGAUCGGGUGCCGGUGGUGGUCCUUUGGCUGCUCGUCUGGCCCUGGCCGGCCACAAGACGCUUCUUAUCGAGGCUGGUGACGACCAGGGUCUGAGCCUGAACUAUUCGAUUCCGGCCUACUCUGCUGUCGCCUCGGAGGACCCCGAGAUUGCCUGGAACUUCUUCGUCCACCACUACAAGGACGAUGAGAGACAGAGCCGCGACUACAAGGCCACCUACGAGACUCCCGAUGGCGGAGAAUACACCGGCCUCAACCCUCCGGAGGGCUCUGUGCUCAAGGGAACGCUGUACCCUCGUACCGGCACGCUCGGCGGAUGCACUGCCCACAACGCUCUGAUCGCCAUCUAUCCCCACCAGUCCGACUUUGACUACAUUGCUACCCUCACUGGCGAUUCUUCCUGGACCCCUGAGAACAUGCGCCAGUACUUCGUGCGCAUGGAGAACAACGGCUACCUUCUUCCCGGACAAAAGGGCCACGGCUACGACGGAUGGUUCCACGAUCAGACUGCCCCGUUGAGCUUGGCUAUCAAGGACCCUCAGCUGUUCAGUCUGCUCUCCGGCGGUGCCUUUGCCCUGGGCAACGCCACCGACAUCCUCAUGAACUUCGGCACCCUGCUCCUCGGCGACGCCAACAAGGACUCCAAGGACCGCGACACCGAGCCCGGCUUCUACCAGAUCCCCAUCUCCACCAACGAUGGCAAGCGCAACGGCCCUCGCGAGUUCAUCGUCUCCGUCCGUGACGCCAAGAACGACGACGGCUCCAAGAAGUACCCUCUCGAUGUGCGCAUGAACUGUCAGGUCACCAAGGUCGUCUUCGACGAGACCGUCACUCCUCCCCGCGCCGUUGGUGUCGAGUUCCUCGACGGCAAGUACCUCUACAAGGCCAGCCCCCUGCACCAGUUCGCUGCGCCCGGCGUCCCCGGCUCCGUCAACGCGACCCGUGAAGUCAUCGUGGCCGGUGGUGUGUACAACUCGCCCCAGCUGCUCAAGCUGAGCGGUGUCGGUCCCGCCGACGAGCUGAAGAAGUUCAACAUCUCCGUUAUCGCCGACCUGCCCGGUGUUGGCACCAACCUCCAGGACCACUACGAGACCACUGUCCAAGGCCGCACCCCCCGGAACUUCACUGAGCUGGAGGACUGCACCUUCAGCUUCUACGGCCAGGACGACCCCUGCAUCGACCGGUGGGAGAGCCCUGUCCUCGGCGACCGUGGCAUCUACUCUUCGUCCGGUCUCGCCGCCACCAUGUUCUACAAGAGCUCCGUGACCGCGGACGACAGCUACGACGUGUUCGUCUUCGGCGGCCCCGUCAACUUCCGCGGCUACUUCCCGGGCUACUCGAUCAACGCCACCAAGGAGCACGACUGGUUCACCUGGGCUAUCCUCAAGGCCCACCCCCGCAACACCGCCGGCUCCGUCACCCUGCGCUCCGCCGACCCUCUCGAUGUGCCCGAGAUCGUCUUCAACUACUUCGACACUGGCGUUGGCGACUAUCAGUCUGACCUCCAGGCCAUCACCGAGGCUAUCGGUCUCGCCCGUGACGCUUUUGACCGCCAGGCGUACAAGGUCGAGGAGGUCCUUCCUGGCUCGGCCGUCCAGAGCGAUGAGCAGAUCCAGGACUACAUCAAGAACACUGCCUGGGGCCACCACGCCUCGUGCACCUGCCCCAUCGGCGCCGAUGACGACCCGAUGGCGGUCCUGGACUCCAAGUUCCGCGUCCGCGGUGUGUCCGGUCUGCGUGUCGUGGAUGCUUCGGUCUACCCUCGGAUUCCGGGCACCUUUACGGCCGUCUCGACGUACAUGGUCGCUGAGAAGGCUGCUGAUGAGAUUCUUAGCGAGCUUAAGAGCAACAACACGAAGCGUCAUCAUCGCCGUGCUGGCCACCACGCCUAG